AGAAAAUACUUCUUAAGAAAUAAAUUUAUUAGAUUCAGGAAAGUCUAUCUCAACUCACAACAGUUUUGGCGCUUCUCUUGUUAUAAACAAAAAUAAAUAUUUUCCAUACGGAUAACAGAUUCUUGGCCAAAAACAAUAUGACCUCUUCCAGAAAAUCAUCUGUUGGUGGAUCAAAAAAGAAAGCUAACGUAAAAAUCGAAUUGACAACCGAGCAAAAGAAAGAUGUUGAAGACGCUUUCAAUUUAUUUGAUACUAAAGGUGCUGGCUAUAUUGAAACUAAGGAUCUUAAGGUAGCUUUGAGAGCCUUGGGAUUUGAACCAAGAAAGGAGGAAAUUAAGAAAAUGAUAUUAGAAGUAGAUAAGGACAACUCAGGUAAAAUUUGCUAUGAUGAUUUCAUGAGGUUGAUGGCUGAAAAGAUAAGUGAUAAGGAUGCAAAUAAAGAAAUUAUGAAAGCUUUUCAGCUGUUUGAUGAUGACAAUACUGGAAAAAUAUCCUUCAAAAAUUUGAAACGAGUAGCAAUGGAGCUGGGAGAAAAUAUUUCGGAUGAAGAAUUAAGAGAAAUGCUUGCUGAAGCCGACCGAGAUAAUGAUGGUGAGGUCAACCAAGAAGAAUUCUUACGGAUAAUGAAGAAAACUUGUUUAUAUUGAAGCGUUUUCAACCGUAUACUUCUUGUCUUAUUGUUCUUCCUUAAAAAGUUCAACAGAAUUGUGGAUUUGUUUACUCAUCUCUCACAUAUCAUCAAAGCAUAUCUAUUCUGUUUGUUAAUCAGUCUUGUCAUUUUACUUUUUAACAGACUUGUUAAGCAGAAUUUGUAAAUAUUGUUCACUACUUCCUAUGUAAAUAUUGCAUUUU